AUAACAGAAUAUUUUUUUAUCAUCAAAGUUUAUCGCUUUUGCACUCGACGCAAUUUGCAAAACAAGUGGUUCCACAAAAUCUUCCAUACUCUUCUAUUGCGCAAGAGCGAGACAGCUAUCGUUCCGUGGUUGCUUUUCGAAUCGGAUAUCUCGUCUGGCCGUAUGUCUUUGAACGAAGACAGUGUUGUGACGUCGUUAAUAGUACGUAGCUCUCAGAUGGUAGUGCUGUAGCUCGCCUUACAGUUUAUCUCGGGGAGUCUUGUGGAUAUAAGUCGAUAAACGCGUCAAUUGUGCCGUAUUCGGUGAUAUCACAUUCGACGGAGGCGUGUUCUCGGUGUAUCCCGACAAGUGGGUCUUAUUGCUCUAUUAACCUUUAACGGAAGAUAAGUAAAUAAGGAUCGAUAGAAAUCGAUACUAGUGCAUCAGCUCAUUGUAAUUUUGUUAAAAAAGUAAAAGAAGACAAAGAAGAUGGCCCUCUACAGCUUGAAGACCAACAUCCAAUACGCGACCCUGAAAACCCUGUCGCUGGUUUCCAUCAGCGUGAUGUCGCCCCAGCAGUCCAUUAAAGACCUGUUCCGUACUGCGGACUGUGUGUGCUUCGAUGUCGAUUCCACCGUCAUCAAAGACGAGGGCAUUGACGAGCUGGCCAAGUUCUGCGGAAAGGGAGAUGAAGUUAAGAGACUAACGGCGGAAGCUAUGGGUGGUGGUAUGACCUUCCAAGAGGCUCUUAAAAAGAGGUUGGACAUCAUCAGGCCCAGCGUGUCACAGAUCAGAGAGUUCAUAGAGACCUUCCCUAUUCAUCUCACACCUGGUGUAGCGGAACUAGUGAAAGAGCUACAUGAGCGAGGAGUGCAAGUAUACCUGGUCUCCGGCGGGUUCCGGAGCCUCAUCGAGCCAGUCGCUGAACUGCUCGGCAUUCCUCUCACCAACAUCUUCGCCAAUAGACUCAAAUUCUAUUUUAAUGGUGAAUACGCGGGUUUCGAUGAAAACGAGCCAACUUCUCGGUCUGGUGGCAAGGGGCUGGUGGUCAGACGGCUGAAGGAGCAAUACGGCUAUCAAAGGCUCUUUAUGAUUGGUGAUGGAGCCACUGACGCCGAGGCUUGCCCACCUGCUGACGGUUUCAUUGGUUUCGGAGGCAACGUAGUUCGCGAAGAGGUCAAGAAGCGAGCUCUGUGGUACGUCACUGACUUCCAAGAGCUCAUCAGCACCCUCACUCUCCAGACCAAGUGAACCAACAAGUCUUAGAACAAAUUGAUUGUGCGCUGAAUAACGUACCUUGUUACGUUGAUGUAGAGCCCAGAUUGCAUUCUUAUAUUAACAAACGUAAGAUUAGGAUGUAAGUGAUAGGUAGUGUAAUUAGUCAAAAACGACGUAUUAAGAAAUUCAAGUGUUAACUAGUCGAAUGGUUCAUUGAGAGAAUAUAUACGAGAGGGGUUGAUUAAAAUAUCUGGCGAUAUUUUGUGGGAAGUGGUAUUUUGUGCUCGAAAGUCUCGUCAACAUUCGGCAUCGUUCGGCGAUGUUCGUAUUAAUGAAGAUUGUAAAUUGAAUCUUUGUAUUGUUGUGAUAUAUGAUUGCCAAUUUGUGCCUUAUUGUUCAUCGCACAGAUUAGAAUUUAAGGCGUAUUUCGAUUGUGCAUUUAAUUUAACAAUAUUGUUGUAUGGUGUUGUGAUUGUACUCUGAGUACACGAUGAAUGGUUACGCUUGAGUAUUUACGGGACCUAGUCCCGUUGUUUUACUUGGUGAUUUGACGUGAAUAUGUAGUUUUAAAGUUUUAAUUUGUAUUGUAGCACUCAUUUGAUCUGACUUGUACUUUGUGUUUCGUCGUUUCGUCCUUUAGUCGUACAUAGAAUGUUAAUUGACGUGAACGGCUCGAAGUGGCAAGUUGUGUCAACGGAGUCAGUUUUAACAUAGAUAGUUAAUGUAUCAUAUGUGCUGGAAGGUACCAUUGCCAUUGUAUUACAUUGAACAGUUUUCUCAUUGACAAAAGUUACA